CUUACACAACCAGGCCUAUUUAAAGACCCCGGGAUCAGGAGAUCUCCAGUAGCUUCCCGUCGUCUCAACAUGAAGGUUCUAGCGGUCAUCUCACUUCUCUGCGUCCUCUCCAUUGGGUAUUGCCAACAGAGCAAUAUUGUCCAGCUUGCUGAGCAGCUCGGCGCCAACACCCUGGUAGCCCUGGUCAAGGAGGCAGGUCUUGCGGACACACUCUCUGGUGCAGGUCCAUUUACCGUUUUCGGCCCCACUGACGAUGCCUUCAGUAAGCUACCACGCGCAAUCAUCGACUAUUUAAAGAGAAACAAGACAGCUUUACAAGAUGUCCUCAAGUACCACGUGGUCAGCGGUAAAGUCUACUCCUCCCAACUGUCUAACGAGCUCCAGGCUGCCUCGCUCUUGGCUCCCGCUAAAAUCAGGAUCAACAUUUACCAGGACGGCAAGGUGAUCACUGCUGACGGGUCCCCAGUUGUCAAGCCUGACCAGAACGCCACCAAUGGUGUCAUCCACGUGGUAGACCGAGUUAUGUUUCCAAUCCCGCUGAUGAGCAUGGUUGAUAUGGUGAAAGCCGACCGACAGCUCAAGACUCUCCUCACAGCAGUAAGCGCAGCUGGAAUAGCAUCAGCUCUUGAAGCCGAUGGCCUGACACUGUUCGCUCCAACAGACAAAGCUUUCCAAAACCUUCCACCCGGCACCCUGGACGGCCUACUCAAGAACAAAACCGCUUUGACAGACGUACUAACGUACCAUGUUGUCAAGGGAACAACCUUUAGCGCAGGUCUGGCUAACGGCGAGAAAGUCGCAACAUUGGAGGGCAAGGAUGUUUCCUUCUCCAUUGAACAAGGCAGUGUAAAGGUCGACAAUGCCAAGGUUCUACGAGCUGAUGACGCCGUAACCAAUGGAGUCAUUCACGUCAUCGACAGCGUCCUUCUGCCGCCAACAUACAAACGUCACUUCCGUGUGGAAAAUUAAACGUCACAUCCUAUAUUCUGUCCAUAGCAUGUGUAUAUAUUAAUCACCACUUUCUAUUAUCGUUACAAUGUACAUUUAUGUAUAAUAAAAUCUUAAAAUAGA